AUUGUGUUGCUGCAGAUUAGAGGAGGCUGAUCCUCCUCCUUCAAAAUUACAGGUAUCACUUCUGCAGGCGGGAGACUGCAGAAGCACAACCGUGGAGUUAACGCUUGUUUUAUUUUCCCCUCCACGUAUAAACCACUUGGAUGAAUCGUUGAAAUAGAUUGUGUCCACAGCGUGAGCGCACUGCCCUUCCCCUGCAACUUCCAUCAAUCACCAGUUCACUCCACUUCGCAAAAUUCGCGUGGGACCAUGUGGAUUAUCGUGUUUUUUCUCCUGACUGCAGCCGAUGGGUGCCAGCUGCCCCACGACUGGAGACCCCAGACGGAGGCGUGCCGUGCCGAGCUGGCCGAGAUCAUCGUGUUCGCAAAGGUGCUGGGUCUGCACAAGGAGCCGUACAACUAUCUGCCGUGGCAGAGCCACACCGAUCUGCUCUACUUCGCCGAGAUCGAGCUGCUGUGUGACCAGGCGUGGGGAAGCAUGCUGGAGGUCCCCGCGGGCUCCAGGUUUAACAUCACCGGCCUGGGGUACUUCUCCUGCUUCUCCUACAGUGUCACCCCAAACAACAAUUAUUACUUCUUCCUAAAGAUGGAUGAAAACUACAAUAUGGUGCCCCAUGGAGUGAACUUUCAGGAUGCCAUUUUCCCAGACACGGCAGACAACCAUCGAACGUUUGCUAGCCUGUUCCAGUUUGCCAAUUGCACACCUGGAACUCAAGUCCACAGCUACACACCCGAGUGGGAGGCUCAGGAAGAUAGCAGGUUGUUGUGUUCCACGGUGCAGAAGGCUCUAUUCGAGGAGGAGGAGAAAGUGAGCACGCUCUCAGAGAAGGUGCGCUUGCUGGAGAAGGCCAACGGCCAUCUUAGGGAGAAGGUGAAGACCAUGAAACGUCUUCUGCGCCAGGCCCAACGCGAGACGGCCAAGGAGCAACAAACGCUCAACUUCAAGCAGCUGUAUGAGUCCAAGACUUCCCGGACACACCCACAUCAGGACACCGCCCAGGACCGGAAGGAGCCUCCCCUCAAGAGGGUGCUGUCAAAAAAGUUAAAGAAGUAAAGCUAACUUGAAUGUAAUCUGGCUAAAGCUGAUGCAGCUUUCAUUACAUUAUCCAUUUUCAUCUGCUUAUUCUAUUAAAAAAAAUCUCAGAUUUAAGCGCUUCAUGGACAAACAGUCUUAAAAUAUUUCAAAUGAGCAAUGACAUAAUGUAUAAUUUCCACACAGCCCCAAAGAGCCACAUAUGAUGGUGGGAGCAGUGUUGACAUUUUUUUUUUUGACUGCAUCAUCCAAACUAUUAGUCAGAGUAGCAUCACAUAAAAUCAAGAGCCUCUGAUGUGCAGUGACAAAUUCAAGUUUGGAAAUACUGUCAAACGUGUUUACUCAAGUAAAUGCAUUUGGUCAUGACUGUAUGCUGGUCAUGCAAAUUAGUUGCAUUGUUGAAUAGAAAAAAAAAGUUGUGAUGUUUGGAAGUAUACGUUGAGAGGAGCCCAUGUGACGCUUUGUUUUCUUUUAUUACUUAUUUUAUUUUUGAAACUAUUUAUAUUGAAAACAUAUAAGGAAGCAUUUGUACCUUUUUGUACUCAAAUAUUUCGUGGCCAUUUUGUUUUUUGAAAAGUGCUGAGCACUUAUUAAUUUGAAACAGUGGUCAAAGAUCUGCUUUUUUUUUCCAAGUCACAAAUUACAGUUUGUCAUUUAAAAUGUAAAUUUUUCUUUUCAAUUUUGUUUUGUGCUUGGCUUUUAUCGCCAGCAUAAUUAUUUGAGCACCCUGCUUUGAAUGUUAAAAUGAAUAAAUCAGCUUUAACGUCA